UACCGCCGCGCUUGUUGCAUUUGCUUUCUUGUCUCUCCCGUUCCUUUUGCUAGACAAAACGAAAUUUCUCUUCGCUGGGGAGAAUGCUGCACCUCCACGCAUCUUUCGCCUUCCGCAGAAUUCCAAAGCUAUGCUCACCUUCUAGUCUGCUAGUGAUACAUCCGCGACAUGGACCGAUCCAACCUAAUGUACCUGCGUCAAGCCCGUUUCAAAGCUUCUCGAGUACCCCGUUCCUGUUCAAGAAGAAAGACCGGGGCAAACCCAACCCCACUGCGGACUCCGAGGCCAAGUCAGCGAAGACAGCUGUGACGUCUGAAGAUCCAUCUGACCUUUCCCAGUUGCAGGAGGGAAUUGUAGCCGCCGUGUCCCGAUUGAAAGAUGAACUCUCCAAGCUUCGCAUGGGUGGCAGACUCGGCACGGAUGCCAUUGAGAACCUUCGUGUUCAGUUCAGCAAAGGAAGCAAGGAAACAGUGAAGCUGGGCGAUCUGGCGCAAGUUAUCCCUAAAAGUGGUCGGUUGGUAGCUAUUCUGGUCUCAGAGGAAGAGCAUAUCAAACCAAUCACCUCCGCCAUUGUUUCCUCCAACUUGUCCUUGACCCCUCAGUCCGAUCCCCACAAUACUCUACAGCUCAACGUGCCCAUUCCACCCCCUACUAAGGAGUCUCGUGACAAAACUGUCAUAGCUGCGAAGUCCGCAAUGGAAAAAUCUAUUGUCGCAGUCCGUGAAUCACGAGGCGUUGUUCACAAACGCCUGCAGGAAAUGCAAAAGAAAAAGAUCGCUAGGCCUGACGAUGUCCGCAAAGCCCAGGAUCAGAUGGAAAAACUAACCGAGAAGGGACAGAGAGAGGUGAAGGAUCUCUUCGAGGCAGCAAAGAAGAGCAUGGAACGCACUUAGUUCGAACUGACAAGUAGUGCAAUGCCCUUUUGUUUUGUACUUCAUUCAGUCUGUACCUCCUGAAAGACCUUGAGUCGACUUUCUACUCUACAUCAUUGAACCAGAGUGACAGGAUUCCUGUCGGCUUUCCCCAGACUUUUCGAAGGGGCCAUACCUGUCUUUGAUCAGAUAGACGGAGGAAGCUGGCUAACAUUACUGGCCAAAGAGAGGGAAGAAAACAAAAUAGAAUCUAGACUGCUAUUGUACAUUAUUUCUUCAGGUACAAACCACCAAAUUUACAU